CCCCCACAGAUUCUCUCCCCUCCCUCUUUUGUCUCUUUCCAUGUCUUUGUAUUAUCUUGGAAGUCUCAGAGCAGAGCUCCCGAGGUAGCAGAGAUAGAGAAAUAUACAACUACAUUGCACAAACACAAAGUAAGGUGAGCCACACCAAUGUGUGUGCACUACAAAUUAGCACAAACAUAAUCACAUUUAGUCAGAACAUUCUUACAUAGUUGGGAGCACAUAAUUGGUAAAAUACAACACUUAACUUGUGCUGUGAAGUUAAGUACAUUAGUAGCUUAGAACGGCACAUAUAGAGGUACACAUACAUCCAACCCCCAUCACAGCUUUAAGUUCAUGCUCAUCUGCAGCAGACUGUUACAUGUGCACAGACGGACACACACACAUGGACAGUGACAGCCACUGACACACACAAACUGAUGACCAAAUGAUUGCACAGGAACUCUGACACCAUCUUGCUCACGCAUGUAUUCCAAAUCAGUCAUUCAGGGUCACAGCUCUGCUGAGACAUGGAAUUUUGUGUUUUCCUUCUGGGGGUCCUGAGCUCAGCACAAGCCAUUGGCAGUUCUCCUAGUAUACCAAUACUGCCCGUCUCUGUUGAGGUCAAAGAUGUACCCCAAUAUUUCCGAUUACAGAGAGCAGCACCUGGGGAGGAAUCUGUGCCCACUUCACAUGGUAAUGUAGCACAAUCACACAAUGAGACCUUCAUAGUCACCCGCCUAGGAUCUCGUGAACCACAUGUACGGGCAUCUUAUCAGCACCUACAAGUUCAAGAGAAUGUGCCGUGGAAUAAACUGGGUGCCAGGGUAAGAGGUGUACAAGUAGAAGUGGUAGGAGAUGAAGUAUCGCCCUCUGAUCCUGUAACACGUGUUUUGUUUCACCGAUCUGGUGGGGAUAGCCAGGCUCGUGGUUCACAAAACACCUGUGUAAAUGUGCAAGGAACAUAUGAUGGACUAAAUGUGGAAGGUUCCUGUAGGAUACAGCUACCGCUUGAUGUUUGUGUGGUUGAACUGCUCUUCUCACCAUCCUGGUUCUCACUUUCAAACCUGCCCUUAAAUGUUACUCUUAAUUACACAGUUUCAGAUGACUGCAAAGUCAUAGGUGAGGUAUCGGAGGUAGCUGGAACAGUAAGCGUGGUUAGUGUUGGUACACCAAGAAUACAACAAGUCAGUGUGGGUGACUCUGUUACAAUAUCUCUACCUGACAAGACCCUUUUACCAGGUGAAGUGUUCACAGCCUCCAUAACCCUCAGGCACAACUGGACACAACCCAGCUUCAGCUUAAGGGUACGGUGCCGGACUGGUUUAGAGCUUCUUUUUGCUCGAUCUGCUGUUCCAAACGCCUGGGCUGUAAAAACAGAGAUGCAGAAAGGUGCCAAACACCACACUGUGAUAGGGCAUGUGACACACCGGGGAGCCUCUGAGCGCAGGCCUCUACCAGUGGUUGCCCACCUUGAUUUUCUUGUUAGUAACAUUUCCGUUGGAUCUGCUGUCUCUCGACGAAUCACUUUCCAGCUGGAGGUCCCUGGAAGCAGUGCAGCAGCAGCAGCAGGUGUGCGUGGGAGUGCUGAGGUUCUGGUUUCCGAUCGAGAUCUUCGAGCCAUCCUCCCACUGGUGAAGUGUCAUGAGAUAUUAAACACAGCCCCCCUCACAGGCAUAUCACAAAAGAUUCCUGUACGUGUGCUUGCUAUAGAAGCGGGGGGAUCAGUUCUGGAUGUCACCAAGCAAGCUGGCUGUGAGACACCCAAUGCACAGAUUGUACAGGUGUCAGAUGGCUGUGACUUUUUGUUUGUGGGUGGCAAGGAGACUCAAGGAGCCCUAGGUGUGAAAGUAGAGUUUUGGUUGGAACGUCUCCGUGCUUCUUUGUCCCUGUCUCUUUGGGUGCCACUUCUGCCACUGCGAAUUGAGGUAUCUGAUACCAAUCUACAACAACUGCAAGGUUCUGGGGCAGUAAGUACUUCUCUGGAGGAUGAUGGUGGGGAACGAAAAACUGCCAGUGAUCGCAGGAGCCAAAGCUGCCGCCCUCUAUAUCAGAGAGCACGUGUUCGUUUCCUUGCAUAUUUUGUGGCUCACUCUUUGGAUGGUAGUCGGCAGCUAACUUACCUAUUAGGCACUGACUGGUUGUUGGAUGUCUCUCCUCUAAUUCGAAGUCAGGCUGUGAUUAGAGAUCCCCACAUUGCACGACUAGAAGAGGAGGGAAGUGUUUUGAUUGGACAGGAGCCAGGAGUCACAUCAGUAGAGGUACGAUCUCCUGUCUCACAUUCAGUCCUUGGCGAGCAGACUGUAUUAGUAUCAUCAGAAACUGUUUCAGUCUUGGAGCUACGAUCAAACUUAAUGUGGGGGGUGAAUUUAUCCAUCACUCCAUCUGAAAUCAAACAUCAAGGGGUAUUUACGGUUCUGUGCCAAUCAAAGAAUUUAGAGAUGAUUCCAAAGCAGGAGUCUGCACUGUCUCUUUGGUUUCUGUUCAGUGACAUGUCUACUGCUCCAAUUACUAUUUAUGAUCCCUUAGAUCUAUCAGUCAUGGUUGUGUCCUCUGACCCUUCAGUUUUGUCUGUUCGUCGAUCUCUGAUGAGUGGAAACUUGUGGUCCUUGCCAGUGCUUGUUUUUGAGAAUGCAGGGCAAUCACCCUUGCUUAGAUUUUCUGUUUUACUCCCAGAGCGAUGUCAAGUGGGAGAAUCUUCUGUUGUGCUAAGUGCUGGCUAUGUCCGUGUUACAUUUCCUAGUAACAGGACUGAAGGUGGAGAGCACCAAUCAAGUGACAUAAUUCAGAGUGACAGUGACCUUAUAACAAGGGAUGGCGAGAUAAUUUCUGGUGCCAACAAUGUGAUUCCUGAGAAUAAUGAUAUAAUUAUCCGGAGUGAUGACAUUAAACCUGAAGAUGAUGACUCAAUCUCUGGUGCAGAUGACAUUGUUACAACACGUUGGGGUAUCCCAGGUUUGGAGGAAGGACUGUAUGGUCUCCUUGCCAUCUUCUCUCUCCUUACAUUACUUUUUUUCCUUAGUUGUGUAGCUUUUAUUAUGAGGCACAGGAACAAGUCACCUCCAGAAGGCCCUGGAAAUCCAGAAGCCCCUAACUGGGUAUGGUUGGAGGGUCCAGAAGUUGAUUGUCAAAGAAACCAAGGGGGAGGAAAUGUAAGAGAAGAAGAAGAUGAAAAUGAGCAGUGGGAAGAAAGAGAAAGAGAUCCACAAAGUUUAACAAGCACAUUCCAUCCAGUAAGAAGCUCACAGGAUUCAGAGACAAGCAUUUGUCCUCAGUCUGAUGCAUGUUCCUUUUCAAAACCAACAAGCCUUUCCAGGGCAUUACUGGAAGCUAAGAGAUCUGAGGUUAUGUCUUACAAAACAGCAACAACACAUGUAGGAGAAAAAAAGGAGGACAGGGUGCCAGAUGACCCUUUUGUUCGCUCAAUUCUUGUAGCAAGUGAGGAAGAUAUCAUGUGGGUAUGCAAAGACAUGGGUAUGAGGGAACCCCAGGAAAUAUUGAGUUAUAUGGAAAGGAUCAGGGGGGAAACUCCACCUCAAAGUGAUAGGAGAAGAGAAGGGCCUCGGGGGAGGGGUAUGGAGGUAACAGGAGCAUCUGUAAGAAGAUUAACUUAAUGUUGUUAAGAAGAACUAUCAGCUAUGGCAGAAAUAGAUUUUGUUUAUUUUGCAUCAUUUUUUUAUGUAAUACUGUAGAUAAGGGAAGCAACUAUUUUCCAAACUGAGUGAUUUGAAUGGGUGGUUAUUGAUUUUAAAGCACAAAUGUGUUCAGUAUUAUCUAAAGAUAUCAGAAAUGGUGGUAGUGUCACUGAAAGAUCUCUGUGUGGAAAUGUUUGCAUUUUCCCUUUCAUCCCUUUUAUCCAGUGUUCUAUUUGGGGAAAAAUAAGAAUAGAAAGUAUUAUUAUUUGAGAGAUUCAUAGUCUCCAGUUGUAUACAGUUUGUGACUUUUAUAUAAAGAAAUUGCAGUUUUUGAUGUUAUGAAAUCAUUCAUAACCCUUUGAAUACUGAAGUAGGGCAUGGCCUGUUCUGAGCCUGAGUCUGCUAACAAUGCUGUGAUAUUCAACUACAGUUUGGUUUAAAAUCAUCACCCACUAAUGCAGAUUUGAUUAAAAAGUAAUUUUAAUGAAGGUAUUGCCCAGUAGAUUUAUGGGACAUUUAACAUACAGGUAGUGUCAUAUAAGCAUUCAUAUUACAUUAUUUAAAAUGAGAUUGUCCUCUUCAUGAAAUUUGCAGAUAUAAGGGCUAAUUUUACUAUUCCACACAUUAUUUGCAUUUGCAUUCUGUGCUGUGUCAAAAGUAUAGAAUACAUUUUUCACAAAAUAAGCAAGGUUUGGGGGGAUUUUCUUGGCGUAACAACCAUAGGAGGUUAUAUUUCUGACAAUGCUUUAUUUACUUUGAUGUUACAAAAGCUGUGAAACUGAUACUGCAUCAUCUAGGCGUGUGCCUUUAUAUGACUAGAAACUUGGAUCUUGGUGAGCUAGAAUAAAUAUGAGGCAUAUGCUUUAUACAUUACAGGUAACUAAUUUACCCAGGUUAAACAGACUAUAAUAAGUCAGGCCCUAUGACUGAUAACAGUUUGGCAGGUCCCAAUAUUAAAUAACAAAAGCAAGGUUAAAUCAGGGUUUUUUGUGUGAAAUAAAUACUCAAAAAUGCACACUGCUGUCUGAAAGGCAAACAUGGAGCAGAACAGAAGAGACAAUUUUCUUAAAUAAUUAAACCUGAAUACAGUGGAAUUUAUACUAAGUAGAAGAGAUGGUUUAAAUGCAACUGUGAUUAAACAACCCUAGGCACUAUUCAGUUGUCAACUUGAUAAACUACAGCAGUUUUACAAUUCUACUGCAAGUUGUUUACUUUUUUAUGCUUUGUGUAACCCAGAUAUCUUAUUCUCAAGGCAACAGCAAACCUUAACACUGAAACCAUGAACACUAGCUGGCCAUAGACUUACAGAUUGACAAACGGUCAUCCGUGGCAAUCUUCCGACCUGCAACUAACCAUUCAAAUGAAUAUAAAGUAGUAAAGAGAACAAAUCACACGAUGCUAGGGCCAUUAAGUGACAGGCAGCAAUCGUAUGAAAGUUAUGUCUGACAAAUAGUAGUUACAGUCUCCCAUUAAUAUUGUCUCCGAUCAACUAAGUGACUGAUCGCCAUGGUAUGAAAUGUCUGGACACUCCACACAUGGUCCAAAAAUCGUACGAACCCUCACUUCGUAUGAAUAUAAUCAUUAAAAUUUGGGGGAGGGGAAAUGCUACAUUUUGACAACACAAUGGCAUGUUUUAUAUUUAUUGAAAGGCUCAAAUGGUUAAUCUGAGUUUAUUGCAGAGAAAAAAACUUGUGAUUGUCGUUUUUGCAGAAAACUUGCUUAAAUUUUGGAAGUAAAAUUCCCUUUGAAUUCUAUGGGAAUAGAAUUCAGGUUUUAAGUAUAGAGAUUUUCUUUUACAUUUGAUCUUAAUGUCUCCGCAGAAAUGCUCAUGAUUGUUUUGCCACAAUUUUCUUAAAUUUUGGCAUAAAAAUUUAACUUUAAUAAAGCAGCCCCUUAUGACACCAUUCACAAUAUAGCUACAAAUUGAAUGUUACAAGAAUUUGGCGGUAUGUCAUGCGCAAGAUUAUCAAGUUGCAUUGAAUCUUUUUCAAACAAGUCUUAAAAUUUGAGUUUUAAGCAGAACUGCCUUUGCAGAGUGCAUCUGUUUGGAGCAAUAACAGGAGAAAUUGGGAAGUGGUAUUGAUUCUUUCUCCUGCUGAUCAUGAUAAUGUUGCAUUUGCUAGUUAAUCCUACAAACCUCAUGAUGUACCAUAUUUAUAGCUGUAAAAAUGUAUAACCUGCACUAGGGAUAUUACUUUAUAAAUAUUUGUGUGAAGUAAUUUAUGGUGUGUUUUACCAUUUAGAUGAGGUCAGUUAACUAUGUUUGUGACCACACAAAGCACAAAUCAGUGUUUACAGGAUAAAGUUCUUAUAAAUUGUAAUAAAAUUCCAAGAAAUUGUU